ACAGCUUGUGUACGCAUCUGUAUAUUCGGAUGACAAUAAUGUACUACAAUCAUACAAUGUACUAUUCGGUCUUACGCGUCUUACGACUCGUGAAUCACGAGUGUUACUAAAUGUGCAUAUCAGAUUCGUUUAAAGUUAUUUGUUCACUGAAUGAUCGGAUGAAAUCUGAUAACAUUCGACGAGGAAAAUCUAUUCAAAUCUCUCGACUCUUUACUUAAAUCUACGAAAAAUGAAUCAGGCGAACGUCGAGCAUCUAGUGUCUAGGUUACGAUAUGGUUUUCGACCUGAGGCACGUAAAUUAAAAAAUUUCGACGGACCAGAAGGAAGAAUAAGGAAGAUACAAAAGACGUUGACUGCUGUUCUUAAAUACGAAAGGAUCGAAUUGAAUUAUGCAAGAGCCGACGAAACUCGAGGUUAUGUCGAACGAUUGAUAUCCGAAGCAUUGCGUUAUGGCCCUGAACACAAAGAAACUAUGGAGCUCGCCUCAUUUUGGAUAAAGGAGAAACAACUUGUUCACAAGCUUUUUAAAGUGCUCGUACCAAGAUACAAAGAUUAUACUACUUCUUAUACGAAGCUGCACAAUGCACCAAUGAUCUAUCCUGGAUAUGCAUAUAAAAGAGCUGUUUUAGAAUUGAAAGGGAAUGUGUAUCCUAGCAUCGAACAAGUGAAUCCACAUCAGCAUGAUUUAAUUCACAAUAUGCUGCUUGAUGCAGCUAGGAAGGAAUACAGAAUGGAGAAGUACAAGGAGAUAGCUGAGAAUAUUAAGUUCUAAGACACGUCGUGUAAAUGCUUUAUUAUUUAGUAUGUAUAAUAAAACUUUAUAAACUUAUUGUUUCGUUA